AUGAAGAUUAUGUUGUUUGGAAGUGUGAUUGUUUCGUCUUUGUUUAGUGUUGCUGCAAGUUUAAAAUAUGAAAAGGAAUGGGUUGGAUUGCAUUCUACUGCUUUCAAAUAUAGUUGUUGUUCUGUCAUUAAUUGUCCAUCAUUUAGUGUGGUAGAUUCACCACUCGAAAGUGAAUUUGCAAGGUUAUAG